AUGAGGGGGGUGAAGAACCAAGGCUCGUGCGGCAGCUGCUGGGCAUUCGCCGUCACGGCGGCCCUCGAGUGCCUCUACACGAUAAAGACCGGAACAAGUGUGGAUCUGUCGCCGCAAGAGCUCGUCGACUGCGGGGGGUACGGGCAGUUCGGCUGCCGAGGUGGCGACCCCGCAGCCGCGUUUGAUAAUAUCAAACUUAAACUUGGCAUUUCUGCCUGGAGGGACUACCCCUACGUGGGCAAAGAAAACUGGAUCUGUUACCCUGUUCGUUACACAAUGGGAAUCCGCAACUGGGAUUUCGUGGAACCGAGGAAGGAGAGGGCCCUGAAGGCGGCCGUGGCUGAACGGCCAGUUGUUGUCGCACUGAACGGCAACAGCACGGCAUUUUACAACUACAGAGGUGGUGUGUUCAGAGGGCCGUGCACCACGGUCCUCACUCAUGCAAUGUUGCUUGUAGGGUACAACACGACCGUCGACGGCGACCCCUACGGCGAGCCUGCCGGCGUGGAUUUUUGGAUCCUCAAGAACUCGUGGUCGACGGCCUGGGGUGAAGCAGGGUACAUGAGGCUCCUGCGGGGCGACGAGAAGCAUGGCGGCGUCUGCGGAGUGAUGAUCCGUCCGGUAUACCCGAUGGACCCAUUCGACCUUACUACCUAGCUAUGUAUGUGAGGCAGCUGCUUUCGCCUGGAGAUCAAGUGCUAUGUGA